UUUUUUUACGACCUGUUCAAGUAAAGACGGGAACACCUCUUAUUACCUUACGCUGGUUGGACUUUGCUCUUUCUCUUCAACAUUUCUUGUUAGAAGUCGUGGAAUAUAAAGAUAGGUAUAAGUACGACGGCAGCCACGACCACCGGCCUCUCGGUACUGAUGCAUCUGUUCAACCAUGUCUACCUGGCUUUAAGGUACCAGAUUUCUGGUCUCCAGUUGAUAUUACUUGGGCAGCUGGCUUUUGUGGCUUCAGGGUUUCCACACUGUACAAGAUCACUUCUGGAAUCCAAGCCAUUGAAGAACUAUAAAGAAGUGUUUAAGAAUGAGGAAGAUGCCGGCAGCUUCCUUGGCCGUCGUUUACUUUACAACCAGUUUGAUUUUGAGGUAUUCACUCCUGGUAAUCUGGAGAGAGAAUGUUAUGAAGAACUAUGUAACUAUGAGGAAGCCAGAGAAAUAUUUGAGGAUCAUGAUACGACGAUGGACUUUUGGAAAGGAUAUUCCUCCAAAGAUUCUUCCACGAGCAAAGUUACGAAAAUCGAUGUGGUCGGUCUUCUCACUGGUCUGAUGUCUGCUGGAACAUGCUUGGUGGUAAUUGGGCUUCUGAUCUACUACUUGUACAUAUUCUACUGUGAUCGCAGAAGACACGGCAAUGUCCCAGAGGGUGACUGCGAAUGCAGACGGUCAUCAGGUAUAUCAAGGUCACCAGAGGUCCUUCCACUGAACCCCACAUGCCCACCUCUGGAACCACACGAUCCUCCUCCUUAUGAUCUAGUAGCAUGUGACACAUCACCACCACCUCCUUAUCCAGGGAUGGUUUUAGAUGCAAAGGCUCUUAAAAAAUCCCUCUCGAUUCCUGCUUCCCAAAAGUUUCCAGUCUUGUAGCUUAUGUUCGUUCAUCAAUAUUGGAACACCUUUGACCUUUGGCAAGAAAGAAAUGUCUCUGGUAAAAGACUGUUGAAGAGGAUUAUGAGCUACUUAAGGAGAUGGAACAAUGAUUAAGUUAAUUUAACUUGCACAUGCACCGGACCUUCUGUAGAGUGAGACGAUCAAGCAAAAUGUGAAUGACAAUCCUACCUAUUUAAACAUUCCAUGGUUUUGUCAUCAGUGGUCACUUGCUGAUGACUUGAGCAACUCCAAGCAUAACCUAAAACGAAGCAUGCACAUCUCCUGGAGGAAUUAAAGGGACAAUCGGACCACAAGAUGGACUGCAAAUUUGUGCUGCAAAAGAUUAGCAAUUGUUUCAACAGAGUUGUAGAACGAAUGACUAUAUUAUGAGUUAAAAGGAGACACAAGGAGUUCAAGCACAGUAACAUGGAUAAAAGAUGAAAAGAAAAAAAAAACUUUUUAUAUAUAUUUCUCUAUAUUUUUCUAUAAGUGUGAAUGCAACCAAAAUAUAUUUUGUGAAGAAAAUUUGAUGACCGUGUAACACUUCCAAAGUGUUUAACCAUUUUUCACUAAUAAAAUAACAUUGGGCCAUCAAGCAACAA